UCUGUCAAAUCGUGCAAGCUACUCUUUUGUCGACUAAAAAUGCCCUCCACGUCAGAAAUACACACCGCAGACGGCUGUACAGUGGAGGAGGAGGAGGAGAAGAAGAAGAAGAAUUCUGCAGCGGCGGAAGAGAAGAAGAAGAGCGUCGGUGCUUUCUACGAUGAACGCGGGUACCUGGAUCAGAUCGAGUACAUCAUGCAGCACGGCCGCAGGAAGGGGGACCGAACCGGGACCGGAGUCGUGUCUGUGUUCGGUGCUCAGGCCAGAUACAGUCUGAGAGAUCAGUUCCCCUUGCUGACGACCAAGAGAGUGUUUUGGAGAGGCAUUCUUGAAGAACUGCUGUGGUUUGUUAAGGGAUCAACAAAUGCCAAGGAGCUCUCAGAGAAAGGGGUGAAGAUUUGGGAAGCCAACGGGUCACGUGACUUCCUGGACAACCUCGGGUUCACGGAUCGAGAGGAAGGCGACCUGGGACCCGUGUAUGGUUUCCAGUGGAGGCACUUCGGCGCAGAGUACACAAACAUGCAUGCAGAUUACACAGGACAAGGUGUUGACCAGCUGCAGAAGGUCAUUGACACCCUCAAUAAGAACCCAGAGGACAGGCGGAUCAUCAUGUGCGCUUGGAACCCUAAAGACCUGCCCCUCAUGGCGCUGCCCCCCUGCCACGCCUUGUGUCAGUUCUACGUGUGUGACGGCGAGCUGUCGUGUCAGCUGUAUCAGCGUUCGGGCGACAUGGGCCUCGGGGUGCCUUUCAAUAUUGCCAGCUAUGCACUUCUUACCUACAUGAUCGCACACAUCACGGGACUCAAGCCGGGCGACUUCAUUCACACACUAGGAGACGCUCACAUCUACGUCAACCACAUGGAGCCUCUCAAAGUGCAGCUUCAGAGGGAGAUCCGGCCCUUCCCCAAGCUGAAGAUCCUGAGGAAAGUGGAGAGCAUCGAUGAUUUCCGCGCAGAAGACUUUGAGAUCUGCGACUACAACCCUCAUCCCACCAUUAAGAUGCAGAUGGCUGUGUAAAGAUCCAACUUAGAUAAGAAAAUGUAAAACAUGUUGCUUAUAUUUUGUCAUUCAUUCACAUUUUAAAAGUUCAGUUCAUCCAAAUCACAAAAAAGGUAAAGUGGUUUCAUUUCCUUCUGAUUUUGGUGAACUGGCAUUUAAAACCACAAGUUCUUAGAGAAAAGUAUUUUCUUCUAUAACUAAGUGUAAAUAUGCCAGUUAGUUGUGAAAUUUUCCUUUUUUCUGGAUUUGUACAGAAUUGUUGACCCAAAGGAGCCGAGCAGCAACACACACAGAUUAAUAAAUCAAAGGUCUGAAUACAACAGUUCCUGCUACUCUUGCAGUGUUAUUAGGUUAUUGUUACAUAUUCACUCCACUUAGCCAAGUCUGAUUAUAAGACUAAAAAGGAGCCUUCUGUAAAAUGUUUCUUAGUUUGUCUUCAGCUUCCAAACAUCUCCUUCAGGGUACUGGUGUCUCUGCACUGAUGAUUCCAGCAUCUCACAAGAGUAGCCUGGAUCCUGAGAACAAUGAGCACAGCGUACUCAAACAAGUGCACUUCUGAAAUACUUGCAUUUCCUUUUUCCUGCUACUUUUGUUUUUACUCCAUCACAUUUAUUUGACACCUUAAAAGUUACUUUACAAAUUCAGAUUAUACAAAAUGUAAUUAAUAAAUGUGUUGUUAUGGUUGAAAAUAAGACUUUAUUGAUCUCUUGGUGAAAUUCACAAGCCACCCGGCAGUAUAUAGAAUGAAACAUAUGUUCCUCCUUUACUAGCUGCAACAAUAAAAUGUACAUAUUCGUGCAUCAAUAAUUGUAAUUCAAUAAAAUCAAAUACAUAUUCUGAUAUCAGCCAAUCUGCAUAUAUCAUACUUUACCUUUUGGUAUUGUAAGUAUAUUUUAUAUUCAUUUUGUACGUCAUCGUUUCCAGCUGUCCUUCGUCUUACCUUGGGAGGCAUGUAGUGGGCGUCAUGAAUCACCACAGGACUGGUGAAGUGUUCAUGCAGGUGAUCCACAUAUUCACACAUUCUGGCAAGUAAAAAAAAGGAAAAUUGCUGAAAAUAAUUUGCUAAUCUGUUUCAGUCACGAGCUCUUAGCAGAAACAAAUCCUGCUCUUACCGGUUGCUGAGACUCGCAGACACACCGAUGUAGUCGAACAGAAUCAGAUGCUGGACGAGCUCACAGAGACCGACUCCUCCAGCGUGAGGACAAACGGGCACUAAGAAGAUACAGUAGUAUUUGUAUUGUAGCCAUGUUUUUCAUACAGAUAUCACACUUUGGAUAUGCUAAUUUACCCCGGAACUUGUGGGCCAUCAGCAGCACAGCCAGGUUCUCGUUGACGCUGCCCAGGCGACAGCUGUCUAUCUGGACAAACUGCAGGGCUGAGGCCUGGAGGAACUGCUUGAACAUCACCCUGUUGUGACACUGGAGAGGAAACGGUAACUCGACAAAUGUCAAUUCAUCAGCCAGUGAUACGUAUGCUCGAACAAAUAUGGAGGUCUGACCUGCUCUCCUGAUGCCACUCCAAUCCCGAGUGGAGCCAAAGCCUGCAACAACGAAGUCAAACAUCUUUUAUCAGUCGUCAACAGUGGACGGAUUACUGAACAGAUGCCCAGAGGCAAAGAAACAAAACAACCACAAAUAGACAUAAAACUUAGAAGCAACAAUACCACAAAGAGACUCAAAACGACCACAAAGAGACUCAAACCGACCACAAAGAGACAAACAACGACUUGCGUUUUGUCUUUCCUUCCAUCUGGUUGUCUUGCUUCUAUGUUGAAGGGGUGAGGGGCUUUAAUAACGGUUUAUAGACAUUUUAAUAGUUGCAGUCACUUAUUUAUUGUAUUUAAGUUGUAAAAAUGUAUCU